AUCUUCAACGCAAUAUCCCAUUCCUGAGUAAGGACACCUCGAGUGUGUAAAACCGAAGAAAACGGGUUCCAGAGGUUGGUGGUUCUAACUCUGGAACAGGAUCCAAGUCAGACUUGGUCUCCAAGUAUUUGACUAAAAUUCCAGAUCAAACUCGGGCAUUGGCCUUCAACAGUCAAACUAUUUGCUUCUCCCACCUUUAUAAAUAAGAUCCGUAGGUCUUCCCCGCCCCCUGGCCCAGCCCCCUGGCCUUCAGAUUACCGAGGGGCGGGUGGACUGAUCUAGGUGUGUUCAUUGGUUGAGGGGAGAUGGCCUUGUACGACGACCCGGGGUGGUUGUUGUCGCACAUCGCGCACUCGUUCGUGCUCUCGGACGAAACUGGAGCUUGCGAACAAGUCAUGACGGCCCAGGACGCCCACGCCUUCCACACGCCGCUGGCCCGGGUCUGGGCCCGCCAGCACGACACGCCCCUGGCCUUCCUACAACCGCUGGAACAACUCCACGCCCAGGACGACUUUGAGCCCCACUCCUAUGACAUUCGCAUCCCCGGCGCCGUGCGCGGCGGCGCCGCCGGGGCUGCAUUAACGGGCUCGACUGGUUUUCACCGACCCCGCUCCAAUACCGAGAUCAAACUGGAGAAGAUGCGGCGUGACAAGCGUAACUUACCCAAGGUCAAGACCAUUCAUUGGAAGGCCCACCCCCAUCCCCUGCGACCCGAGGAAAUCGAGGCCUUGUUUCCCAUCAAAACUCUGCCCGAUCGCUCCCAGUCCACCGAAGCGCCCCAUCCGGUCCGAUCGCUCCUAGCUUACCAAUUGGAGCACGCUGCCCUUGAUUCCCAGCACAAUCCCUUCUCGCCCUUCGCCCGUUUUGACGCCAAGAACGCAGGCCUCCACGAGAAGACGCGAAAGAUUCAGAUCUACCCCGAAAUGGCCUGGGCGGAAGAUCGCGGCUUCCCCGUCAUUGUCCAUGUCUUGGCCACGGCCAAGGUCACCGAGGUGAUCGGCUAUGCUUGCUGGAAGUAUACGGAAGAAGGCCGCCAACCCCCUUUGGUACACAAAUCCCACGAGAAAUAUACACUCUACAUGGCCGAACCUGAUGGCACGAUCGAGCGAGAAUUCCCGCCUUUGGAGAAGCGGGAGCUCAUCUCCAAAUACGGUUUCAACAUCCUCGGCCUGGUCGACCUGGGCCAAGACGGCGAAUACAGCUCGCCCGCCGAUCGCACCGUCACCGUCAUCCUACCUGAGGGCACGUUCACCGUCAUGGAGCUCGACACCCUGGACAUCCCCGUCAAAGAGCUCCUGGCGCGCGUCUUGGCCCGCCGCAAGAUCCCACAACACCAAACCUUCCAGUUCAAGUACAUCGUGGAGCGGAAGGACGGACAAGGCGAGGCCUUGGACGAAGAGGCUCUGCUCAGCUCGUUCCACACCAAGGAGUUCUACAUCCUCCGGGCCAAUAGUCGCCGGAAAAACGACCAAGAUUUGGGUUCGAUCAAGCAUCAGGACAGCGAUCUCGAAGACUCCGUGUAUCGCGAGUACCACGACAUCCAGAUCCGCACCAAACUCCAUUCCAAGACGGAUGUGACCCUGGGCAUCUCCGAGGACAAGUUCGAGGUCUACCCCAAGGAGCACCAUAGCUCAGCCCGAUUUUGGAAGAAGCAGAAGUCCGUGUCCUUCGACAUGGAGAGCAUCGUGGCUUGCGAGAUCGUGGAGGAGAAGCCCAACGGAAAAUCCGUGUUUCGGAUCGUGUUCCAGGCCGAUCACGGCUACAAACGCCACGACUUUGAGUGCGAAGGGAGUGCGGCCACUAAGAUCCACGCCAAGAUCAAUCAUGUGAUGAACUUGCAUCCGCAUGAAACGCGGGAAGAGUACCAAGAGUACAAGGAGCGGAAAAUCGCACGACGUCACACGUGGCUCAUCAAGUGAGGAUCACGUUUCUUGUCCGUCCAAUGGUUUGGCCAAGAAGUUGACAAUCAUUGAAGAGGAGGGACUAAGAGCCACGUGCGUUUGACUUCAUGAAGACUGCUCAAAAUGGCUGAAAUGCUGGCUGGAGCGUUCGUUCGGUUUGCCUAAAACAAGCUUUUAUUCUUGUAUUCAAAGGAAUUAUAAGAUGGUGAUGGCGGCACAGUGGGGCCUGUUACACUCGCCCCAGGGAGACUGAGUCCCAGUGUGGGGGGUGGGCACGGUCGUCACACACCUUUUAUAUCAUCAUAUACAUAGUAUUAUUACACUCAAGUGCACAA